CACAGGUGCGCAGUAGGUUAGGUUGUCUUGAAAAGUGCCGUACGCUAAGGCAAUCAGCAAGCGUCAUCAGAGGAAGCUUUCCAAAUCGUCCUAAUACAGUACAAGAAACGUAAAGGUACCUACGGCUGCUGUCAAAACCUAGCAUCAAAGUUCCGGUGGAAAACGCCCCCACGAUGACGUACGAUCCACAUAAGCCUAUGUCACCCGACUUCCUCAACUACUUCCUUCGCAUUACUCGCAAAAACGGAUAUCAUUGCGUUAUUCCCUAUGGCUGGAAGCUCGCAGACAAGGCCGCAUAUAUACACGACACGUUGAGACCACCCUUGUACGAUGGCUGGACAUUUCGAGUGUUUUUUUACGCUAUGGAUCCAGUUCAGUCAGACACUGCAGUGCAAGUUGCAUGGAACGACAUAGAUCCGUCCUAUUAUGUAAUCAGAGCAGUAGCUCAAGGGGGCCGUCCAAGCGUGACUGGUUACACACACAACGCAGAUAUUUCUGACCAAUUUGUGGCAAAUGAUAUUAAACAAGGCGAAUAUUUCUCUUUAGCUAUUCAAAUCGAUGGUGAACAUCAUAAUUUCAGGGGACUUUUUAAUGACCUUAAAGGCAACACGCAUAGUAUGUCGAGUAUAAGCAAUGUCACAAAAUGGCAUUACAAGAUUACUCCAUCUUUGAAUGUUAUUACUUCAAUCCAUGUAUACGAUAAUCUGGCAACGGCAUUCCCAGAAUUUGGCCUCGGAGAAGAAUUUCUUCUUCAGCCCGUUCGCCUCGGCGUCGGAUCAUACGGAAUUUUUGAUUUGAAAUACGGCUCUGGCAGCGGAGAUCUCACGAUUGCAUUUAAUGAUGAAAACCAGCGCAGGAGCCACCAUUAUGAUUCAGCGAAGUUGACGCCUGGUGAAAUAUUCACGGUGUAUAUUCGUAACACGCCGGUGGGGUGGCUUAUAUAUCCAAGUUUUCAGGCAACGCCAGACCUCCUAGUACAUGAAUUCUAUGAUAGUCUCAUCUCGCCUAUAUUCUCCCCAGCAGGCAUCUUAAUGAUGAACAUGGAAUCCUCCUACUAAACCUAAUUGGUGCCAUUGCAGGAAUAAACAGAUUCUACUCUAUUA